GGGCUUGGCACCACUAGCGCCAACAGCUCGAACCGACCGCCGCAGCAACCUUGGAGCUCACACCUGAUUACUUCACUCUCUCUCCUCCUUCCGAUCAAGCUCUCAUCUCCCAUCUAUCGUAUUAUUUUUCUAUUAUCCCUUCACGCUAACUUCACGUAUACCACCGGCUCUUGAUCUCUUACGCCCCGUUCCCUUAAAAGUCGAUACACCCUCCACUGUCUUAUCGCCUCCAUAACCACUACCUCUCACCAUGCCUAGCGCCACGGGAGAGAACUGGGAGAAGUACAAGAAGAACUUCGCCGAUGAUGACGAGCCGGAGAAGAAGAUCACCCCUCUCACAGAAUCUGAUAUCCAAGUGCUGAAGACAUAUGGCGCCGCUCCCUACGCGAACGCCUUAAAGCAACUCGAGAAGCAGAUUAAAGACAAGCAAGCAAGCGUAAACGAGAAGAUUGGUGUCAAGGAAUCCGACACUGGUCUUGCACCUCCACACCUUUGGGAUGUUGCUGCAGAUAGGCAACGCAUGGCAGAAGAGCAACCGUUGCAGGUAGCCCGCUGUACGAAGAUUAUUCAAGAUGAGAAGGACUCGGACAAGAGCAAAUAUGUCAUCAAUGUUAAGCAAAUCGCCAAGUUCGUUGUCAACCUAGGGGAGCGAGUGAGCCCUACGGAUAUUGAGGAGGGCAUGCGGGUUGGUGUCGACCGGAAUAAGUACCAGAUUAUGUUGCCUCUGCCUCCCAAGAUCGACCCUAGCGUAACAAUGAUGACCGUUGAAGAUAAACCCGAUGUGACAUACGGAGAUGUUGGUGGUUGCAAAGAACAGAUCGAGAAGUUGCGAGAAGUCGUCGAGAUGCCCCUCCUUUCCCCAGAGCGUUUUGUCAAUCUUGGUAUCGAUCCACCCAAGGGUGCACUUUUGUACGGACCUCCCGGUACUGGUAAGACUCUUUGCGCUCGAGCUGUGGCCAACCGAACCGAUGCGACCUUCAUUCGUGUCAUUGGUAGCGAGCUGGUUCAGAAGUAUGUCGGUGAAGGUGCCCGGAUGGUUCGAGAGCUUUUCGAGAUGGCAAGGACAAAGAAGGCGUGCAUUAUUUUCUUCGAUGAAAUCGAUGCCGUGGGUGGUGCCCGUUUCGACGAUGGAGCUGGUGGCGACAACGAAGUCCAGCGUACUAUGUUGGAACUGAUCACUCAACUCGAUGGUUUCGAUGCUCGUGGUAAUAUCAAGGUCAUGUUCGCAACCAACCGGCCGUCGACGCUAGAUCCUGCCCUGAUGCGUCCUGGACGAAUUGAUCGCAAGAUCGAGUUCUCGCUUCCGGAUGUAGAGGGUCGUGCUAACAUUCUUCGAAUUCACGCCAAGAGCAUGUCGGUUGAGAGGGACAUUCGGUGGGAGUUGAUCUCUCGACUGUGCCCGAAUGCUACAGGAGCUGAGCUCCGGAGUGUUGCAACAGAAGCCGGUAUGUUCGCGAUCCGGGCGCGACGAAAGGUUGCCACGGAGAAGGACUUCUUGGCGGCUGUGGAUAAGGUGAUCAAGGGCAACCUGAAGUUCAACUCGACGGCUACGUACAUGCAGUAUAAUUAGAUAACGCCUUCCUUCCCUCUACACCUUGGGUUACAUUGCAUGGUUGAAUGGUUGUGUAUGAUCAAUUUUUUUUUUAAAGCUAGUGGUUCAUUCUACGAAUGUUCUCAUAAUAGGAACUCGCAUAUAGAUGUGAUCCGAGUUUCACUAACCAGCGAAAGCGAAGAGUAGCGGGUGGUCGUAUAUCCCUGCUGGCCUUCUUGCCGUCAGCGGAAUAUCACAUGACUGUACCGGGUAAUAGAUUAUCUCAGCAAGGGAUAGUCAAUUGUGUCAUUUAGAUAGUAACUCGAUCUAGUACAUCAGAAGAAACAUGCCGUAGGUGUC